CAACCAAAGCCACAAUAACCAAAGAGAGAUCGUCACCGAGUGUGAGAAAGAGAUAGCAAUAGAGAGAUGAAGCUGUUCGUUUGCAUAACUGUUGCCCUUUUGGCAUUGAGUGCGCCUGCUCAGGCGCUGUUGGGCGCUAAGCUGGCGCUGCUGAAGGCUCUAAGCGGUGGCGGCGGCGGCGGACUUGGUGGUGGCAGCAGCAGCUCCAGCUCCGGCUAUGGCGGCAGCUCUGGCUAUGGCAGCGGCUACGGCAGCGGCGGCUACAGCGGCGGUGGCUACAACCAGGGCUACUACACUCAGCCCAGUCGUCCCGUCUACAGCGGCAGCAACUACGGCGGUGGCUACAGCGGUGGCUACACUGGUGGCUAUAGCGGUGGCUAUAGCAGCGGCGGCUAUUCUGGCGGCGGCUAUGGCGGCGGCAACGAGCAAAUCAUCAAGGUCAUCAAGGUGGUUGAGCAGCCUCAGAGCUAUGCCCGCUCCGGCGGCUAUGCCAACAGCUAUGCCAAUAGCUAUGCCUCUGCCGGCAGCUACUCUGGCGCUGUUUCCGCUCCCGUUAGCUACUCCGCCCCAGCACCCGCUCCCAUCAGCUAUAGCGCACCUGCUCCCGCUGUUACCUACACCGCUCCCGCUCCAGCACCCGCACCCAUCACCUACUCCGUGCCCGCUCCAGCGCCCGCACCCAUCACUUACUCCGUACCCGCUCCAGCGCCCGCACCCAUCACCUACUCCGUGCCCGCUCCAGCGCCCGCACCCGUGGUGCGUGUAGCGCCUGCACCAGCGCCCAUCACCUACUCCGUGCCCGCUCCCGCUCCCGCUCCAGCGCCUGUUGUGCGUGUUCAGGCCGCUCCAGCACCACAGCCCAUUUCUUACUCCGUGCCCGCUCCUCAGCCCGCACCACAGCAGAUUUCCUACUCCGUGCCCGCCCCUCAGCCCGCACCACAGCAGAUUUCCUACUCCGUGCCCGCUCCACAGCCCGCACCACAGCAGUAUGUGAAGACCAUCAAGGUCAUUGUGGAUGAGGACAGCAGUGCUGGUGCCGAUCGUGUGCCCGCCCAGGUCUAUGGCCCACCCGCUCCACUCAGCAGCUCCUUCAGCACCACCUCCUCGGGCAGCGCCUGGGGCAAUGCCGAUGCUGGCUACACCAACGGUGGUUACUCCAAUGGUGGUUACACCAAUGGUGGUUACAACAACGGUGGCUACACCAACGGUGGCUUCAACAAUGGUGGCUGGAACAAGGCCGGCGGCGGCAUCUGGGAGAAGCUCAUUGGCUGCUAAUUGCCACGCCCACAGCACCCCUUUUAGCUCUGAACUGCCUUUGGAUCAACACGCAAACUCUACUCAACUGAUAUUUUUUUUGUUUUUUUUUUAAUUUACUUUAACAUAUUUUUAUUAUUUUUUUUGUGUAGUUCUAAUCAUCGAAACAUCUUGUCCUAUUUUAUUUUUUAUGUUUGUUUCUCCAACGCUGUGUACAUACGAAAUUAUCGAGCUUACUAUA